CCCGCGAUGCCGUUGGUCCAACCGCCGGCGCGCGCUCGCGCCGCGAGCCCGGACAAACGCUUGGGAACGGUCGGCAUCGCGGAGGGAGGGAGUGCGUGCGGACCUUCGGCCAGGCGCUUCCCAUCAUGCCUCGGCCGGCCCAGCAUAACCACCGUGGUUCGGGGGGUAAGUGGUAACGCAGUUACUGUGAAAUAUCACCUCAGUCUGCCGCAACUCUCCUCCACUGGGGCGGCUUGGCUUUCAUCGGUCGCUCUCCCCGCCGCCUGCGCCCAAGAAACAAAGAUAGAGUCUGCUUUUGAAUCUCCAAUGUGUCAACAGUUAUAUCAACAUACAACUUUAUCCCAGACACUGCAGCCUUUUUCUAUCCAGCCUCUGCUUUCAAAGCGAUCCCAGAACCUUCAGUCAAUCUCGCCUGCAAUGAUGCCACCAUCCUCACAAUUGUUACCUACAAAGAUGUUUAAACCAUCUCAGUCAGAGAUUGAUCUUUUAUCACAAGAAAAAGCACCAUCUUUUGAUGCAGACCAAGAUCCUGUUUUAGCAGAUCUCUGUAGACCACUACAUUGUAAACUGUGCAAUGUGUCUCUCAAUUCAACCCAGCAAGCACAGGCACAUUACCAGGGUAAAAACCACUCAAAGAAACUUCGUAAUUAUUAUGCUGGACAUCAGUGUGUGUCUACUUCCAAAGUGACUCAUCCUGUAGAUCAGCCAGCCACACAGCUUCAUCUUCCAGCAUCCCAGUCAGGGUCCUCCAAGACGGCAGGUCGAGUGAUUCUGGCCACAGCAAAUGAUUACUGUAAACUCUGUGAUGCCUCUUUUAGCUCCCCUGCUGUGGCACAAGCACAUUAUCAAGGAAAGAAUCAUGCCAAGAGACUGCGGCUGGCUGAAGCUCAGAAAUCCAAUUCAAUUUCAGAAGCAACAGAGCUCACAAAGAGGAGGCAAAGGAAAGAAGGGAAUGCAUUUAAAGUGGUGCCAAAUCAUCGCAAUCUACAUGGAGUUCAAAAUACUCUAGGUCCUUAUUUUAAUCCACGUUCCCGGCAGCGAAUUCCACGUGACCUAGCAAUGUGCGUGACACCAAGUGGACAGUUCUAUUGUUCUAUGUGUAAUAUUGGAGCCAGUGAGGAACCAGAAUUUCGGUUGCACCUUGAAAGCAAAUUGCAUAAGUGCAAAGUAUCAGAACAGCGAUACCGCAAUGAGAUGGAAAAUCUUGGAUAUGUAUGAAGGUUUGAAAAUACAUGCAUCUUAUAACUUUAGGAGAAUGCUUAUAAUUGUCAAGAUAAAUUCAAAAUAUCUAUACAGAAUGUUAAAACUUAAAGAAAUUAUUGAGGCCAUUUUAAUUGUACAAUGUUCUGUUGUUUAACGUCAAAGUGUAUUUUAUGUUUGCUUAAUAUUUUAUUUAAUUUUACUAGUGUAUAGAAGACAUCAGUUAAUUGUUUUAUUAUUUUUUUUUGUCCCUUAAAGGGAAUGUGCAACUGGUCAUAUGAUGCUUUUACAAAUGAUUUGGAAGUGUUUGAGUGAUUUAAUAUUUGUUUUCCUUCUACAAUUUUUCCAACAAAAUGUUCCUUUUAUGUAAUUUUAAUGUCAUUCUAAUUUAGUCUCUUUUAAUAUAUUUCUUUUUGUUUUGUAAUAUAUCAUGGUCUUCUGAAGUCAGGCCAGAAGGUGAUAUUCUAAUAAAUGGUCAACUUUGAUCAUUCCUUUAUUGUUGACUAUCUUUACAAAGAAAAUCUCACCAUCAGGCUCUCUGUAGAAUAAUCAUAAAAUUGAAAAAUAGCAUAACAGGUUAAUGUUCAUUUACAUUUUUAGGAUGCCUUUAUUUCAGAUACUGACCUGGAGGAGUUAAUGAGCUUAAUGAUGUGAUGUUACUAAUCAGCAAAGGUUGAAGCUAUCCUGUACUUCUGUAUAAAAUGCAGGGCAUACAUACAUGUACAAUAUUUCAAAGUGAGCUCCCUCAGAAUUGGGCUCAUUAUUUUAGCCACCACUGGCAUUGUCAGCAUGAACUGUUUAAGUAGUCAACAACAGAAAAAUUUAGGGAUGUUAUUGCUGUGUUAAUCUUGUGACUUGAAAUAACAUUUAAAAAAAAUCCUAAUGGUGAUAUUCCCCUUUUAACAAUUGUUUCACAUGACCAAAAUCUUACAAAAAUAAUCCACUGAAGAGUAAUUUAAAAAGCUCAAAAAUGUGGAAAAAUCAAAUGCUAGCCUUUUGCAAAUUGAUCAAAAUGAGUUUCAGAAUUUGAUGGAUAAAAUCUAUUCAAGAUCUCAAAUAAAUGACUUGUCAUCAGUUUGUCAGAGCUCAGAUUAAUUACAAAUAAAUACGUAAAUUACAUGGUGGAAAAUAGUAAAAAUUGAUACAUCUGUAUAGACAUUGAGUUAAGGAGUACAUUUGCACAUGGUAUACUGUAUAUGUUCCAUUUCAAUGAUGGAAAAAGGUUACUUUCAUGAUUUCCAUACUGGUUCUAUGUUCUAUAAACUCACAUCCCUUUUCACUUGGCUGCCAAGACUACCUUUAAGAACAGUUGGCAAGGGAUCUUUUUAUUAAAUGCUAGCGUUUAAUGAAUAUUCUUUAUCAAAUUAUAGUUUAUUUUUUAUAAUAUUUUAUGGAUGUAAAAUUGUACUGAAAUUUUCUAUCAUUAUGCUCAUUGUUAUAUUUUUCUCUGUGCUGGAUUUGAUGUGAAAGAUGACUAUCUGUUUUGUGUCUAUGAUAUAAAAUCUAUUCAAAUUGAGCCUUUCAGGUUUACAUGAUAGAUGUUGAUAUUAAGUGCAUUUAUAAAUUUGUGGCUCAGACCAUGACUGCUGCAUUAUUGUACUUGCUUGGUAUCUUAAUUGUAGCCAAUGGUACAAUCUGUUUGAUGACAUUUCCAUUGCAAAUAUAGAUUCACUUCAGACCCCUAUUUUUAAUGUUUCAUCUCACAAUUUAACAAGAAUAGUUACAAAAUUCCACAUAUAAUGUGCAUAAAUUUAACAGUACUCGCAUUUUACUGUCAUGUUGAAAUGAAUAAAAUAUAACUUUUUAUUUCAGAGUGUAAACAUGAUAAAUCAUAAUGGAUUAAUUAACUGAAUUCAUCUGCAAGAAUGCAUUACCUGAACGUACCUUUGUCUUUUGUUUUUAUUUUGCACAACCUUAUGCAUGUACUUUCUGUAAACUUGUGGAAUAAAAUAAUUUUAAUUUUU